GAUCGUAUGAUCGUGAUGAGAACUUUAGCAGAUGUACAAUUUUGGUAUAUAAGCUACGGAUUACAGGGGGUCUGCAUACAGUCGGUUCAUAUAGGAGAUUUACUGAAAAUAGAAAUGAAGAUUGCGAUAGUCUUAGUCUUGUGCUUGGCUGCUGGCAGCCAGGCAAGCUUCCUCGAUGAUUUGAAGAAUGCUUUUAGCAAUGUUGGUUCAGCUUUGACCACCACUGUUCAUGCUGUUGGUGACCAAGCUAAGGUUGUUGGACAAAAUCUCCUAAGUACUGCAGCUGAACAAGGAAAGCAGCUUGCCUCCCAAGCUCUACAAAGUCUUCUGAUGGGAACCAUGAAUGCUCUCAGUUCUCCCUCCACUACGGAUAGUACCAAGAGAUCCCUGUCUGAACUCCUCCAGCAGGCCAAACCUCUGACUGAUGCAGCCAAACAGGUCGUUGAACAAAAAAUGGACAACCUGAAUGGAGUUUACACCGAGGCUCUGAACCAGCUCAAAGCUCUCUCUUCCCAGCUCACCCACCUCCCCGCCUCUGAAAUAAUGCAAAAAGUCGACCAAGUUGUCGCUGCCCACCAUAGUGUCGCCAACAAACUCCAAGCCGAGCUUGUGUCUGAGCUUACUCAAAUCUUCGGAAAGGCUCUUGCUCUCCACCCUGGCGCUAAACGAAACGGCUUCACCGACGCCCUGGGACAAGUUGGACAGAGUCUCUCCAGCUUCUUCCAGCCCCAUGUACAGGCUCUUCAACAGUUAGUCGGCGGAGUUGGUGACACCGUGAAACAGACCGCCAAUGCUUUCCACACCGCUUUGACCACUGGUGCUCACGGACAGGCUGUUUCACAGUCUUCAGCUGCACUCGUCCAGCACGGACAAAAUGCUCUUUCUGCCCUCAAGGAUGCCGUCACUGAUGUCCUUCAACAAACUCUGACUAAUAUGCAGCCACACCUUGUUAACCUUCUCAGUCACGGUGCCCAGGCUCUCACAGAGACUCUUACUCAUACAAGCGGAACCAACGCUGAAGUUCCUGCCAACCCACAAUAAAAUGUCACCAAAACACCAAUACUUUAUGUGUAACAUGACAUUGUUUUUUUUUUUAAAACACACAACGAAAUAAAUGGACGGUGUAAA